AUGUGGGAAUAUUACCAUGGAAAGGUCCUUUUCAUCACAGGCAGCUCUGGCUUUCUGGGAACAGCUCUUGUGCAUCGGAUCAUCACUCAGACAUCGCCCGCCCAUAUCUACUUGCUCUGCCGAGGACUCUCUCGUCUCCACGAGCAAUGGCAGCAAUAUCUCCCCCCAAAGAUUGCCCAAGCUCUGGCAGAUCCUACCUUGGUCACCCCUAUCCAAGGCGACAUCCUCAAGCCAAAUAUGGGGAUUUCCGAGCAUGAAUUGGUGACUGUCCGUGAAAGAGUGAACAUCAUCAUCCAUGCGGCAUCAUCCAUCAACCUGGUCCAACCUCUUCACCGAAUAUCGGAUGUCGUCACCGGCGCGACUCAGCGAAUAGCCGGUUUAGCCUUGACGUGCGAUCGCCUCGACCGUUUUGUAUACGUCUCGACGGCGUACUGCAAUUCCCACCUGCAUAAAGAGACCGACAAGACAGAAGUCCACAUCGAUGAGCGCUUCUACCCGCUCAAACCCUCCGUAAGAAGUCCCUGGGCGGAAUGGGAAGAUCUCCGGGAAACCGGAUCUAGUGUCGAGUUCAAAUCACAAGAUUUUGCAUGGCCGUAUUCCUACGCAAAGCACCUGGCCGAACGACUGCUCAACGGCAUGCUCUGCCAUCAAGCGCAGAAACUGCUCAUCGUCCGCCCGUCCAUCAUCGGUCCAGCGCAGCAAUUUCCCUAUCCCGGGUUUAGCAUAUCCAGCUCAACGCCAACGACCAUAGCAGCAGCAAGUCUGAUCUUCAUGCCCUCCACUACCUUCAAGGUGGGGACCCGGUCCGCAAACCCAGACCGGGAGUGCACGCUGGAUGAAGUGUCUGUGGAUGUCGUCGUGGACCGGUUACUGGCUCAUCUGGCAAAGGGCAGUGCUGGUAUUGUACAUGCCGUGAGUGGAGAGCAUGGCAGAGUGCUCACGAAAAGCAUAUUUGACGCGAUAGUGAGAGCCCGUCGCAUCCCAUGGCAUAUCGAACCAAUAUGGACAUCUCAAGACUGGCAUUCGCCCGACUUGCACCCCGUGGCCCGGCUAUAUAAGAUAUUAGGAACAUCGUUCAACUUCAAAGAGACAAAAACGGAGCGGAUCUGGGGGCGCCUUGAAGAGAGAGAAAGAAGGGGACUGCAGCUUUUCCAGGCUCGCGCUGUCGGUCAGUAUGAUUUUUCGCCCAGGCUUGAGCAGAUUUCUGCGACUGCUUGGGAACUGCUGAGGCGGAUCUUGCGGUCAAAUAACAGAGAAAUAUAA